AUGCACCUUGCUUUUGCUUUCACCCCCUCCAUCAAUUCCAUAAUCAGUGGCCAACAUGCUGCCCUCACUUCCAGUUCAUGUAAAACCUCUGGCCAGAGCGACUGCCAGGGCAAGGUGGGCGGCUACGCCUAUGACCUCACCCCGCUCGCCCAGAAGCUUGGCGCUGUGGACCUCCAGACGCAGGAUACACGCAGCCAGACCUACUACUACCGCGUGUGCGGCGUGGUGAGCAACAACUUCUGCCAGACCGUGGACGACAUGACGCCCGCCGUGUGCCAGAAGGACUCGCGCAUCCCUGCGGAGUUCCACGACCUUGGGAACCAGAAGACGGCCACCUUCAGUUCGUUGCCGAACCGCCCCGACAACGCCGGCUUCACUGUCUCCUACUCCGGCGGCCAAGACGGCCGCGCUUCCAAGAUCUAUUUCGUGUGGUUCGUACAAAGCGCAUCAUUUCGCGACCCGAGCAAGGACCCUGGCGAUUUCUCCUUCCUCCAGGAAGACCCCAUCAAGACCUACGACCUCCAGUACGUGUCCAAGUACGCCUGCCCGAUCGGCGCACCCACGCCCAGCCCGAGCCUGAGCCCGAGCCCGAACCCGGUGCCGCCGUGCAUGGGCAACGCGUGCUGCCUCUACCAGUUCGGCUCCGACCCGACCAUUACCCGGACCCUGUGUGCCCCCCAGUGUCAGCCGUCCUUUGGCGGCUUCACACUGAUCUUCAACUGGACCAUGUCGCCGUGCACCAGCGACACCUGCUUCUUCCACAAGAAGAAGUAA